CGUUAGAUAAAAAUCAUCGGGUCCUAAAUAUCAAAACAUUCAAAAUGGCGGCGUCUUUCAGGAGGACGAUCCUGAAGCUCGCACUGCUGCAGGAGUCUUCGCGUUCAGUUAGGUUUUUGGUGAAAGACAGAAGUCAGUACCGUUUCCUGUGGUCAGUCCAAAAGCACAAUAUACAAGUUGAACAGUCACAGAAUAAACCUUUUCCAGUACGAUGGCUGUCAGUUUGUACAGAAGACACCCCAAACCCCAGAAGUUUAAAGUUCCUUCCCGGGAAACCUGUGCUGGGAACCGGAACGCUAGACUUCCCGAAUUCAAGUUCUGCAGAUUGUUCCUCUUUAGCCAGGAAUCUUUUUCAGGUUGAAGGGGUGAAAAGUGUGUUUUUUGGCCCUGAUUUUAUCACACUUACAAAGAUGAAUGAUGAUGUUGAGUGGGCAGACGUUAAACAGCAUGCGAUUGAGAUUAUCACCAAAUUCUUUGAAAGUGGAGAAGCUAUAACAACAGGAGUAACGCCUCCAGAGAGCAAUGUGUCAGAGGAGGAUGAUGAGAUUGUCUCAAUGAUAAAAGAGCUUUUAGACACUCGAAUCAGGCCUACAGUACAGGAGGAUGGAGGAGAUGUCAUCUUUAAGGGCUUUGAGGAUGGCACAGUGAAGCUGAAGCUUGUUGGCUCUUGCACAGGCUGUCCCAGUUCCAAUGUUACUCUGAAAAGUGGCAUACAGAACAUGCUGCGGUUUUACAUUCCAGAGGUGGAUGAUGUUGAACAGGUGGAGGAUGAAGUGGAUGAAAUCAACAUGAAUGUGUUUUUAGAACUGGAAAAAAAAUUAAAAGACUCUUAAGCUACAAGCCGCUAGCCAUUUUGAUGACCUGAAGAUUUUCGACAUGUCCAGAGUGGCAGUCUUUGUGGCAGUCUGUCACCAUGCGUGCACACACACACAUUUGCACAUAUACACACUCCUUCACGCUGGCCUCCUUUUUGUGUAAUUUAGUGUGAAAGAAGUAGCAGAUAUAUAAUUUUUUAUAGUAUAGUAAAACAUAAUAAUAAUAAUAAAGAAUAUUAAAAUGCAUCAUUAACAAAUAAGUCAAAUGUUUUUUAUUUUAUAUUUCUUUAACAAAGCUAUGCUAUAAAUUCUCAAACUUUAAUUCAGCAUACCCAUGGUUUUACCCUACGUUGUACAUAAUUAAGGUAGGGUUUAAAGAUAGGACUAAAUCUGUCAGUGUUCCACUAAUACCACAAGGAAUCUUUAGAUCAGGUGUAGCUUAAAGUUUAAUGCAAACUAUUCAAAAGCAUGACUUUUGUGCUGCUUUAGUGCAGGUUAGAGGAGUAAAUAUCACUCCGAAACUGUAAAUUUUAGGCAGCUGUAUUGAGUUGUGCAUGUUCUCCUCAUGUUCUUCCCCUACUCCCCAAGUAUGGUGCCUUGUGAAUCCAGGCUUUGGAUUUGACAUGACCCUGACCAGAAUAAAGCUGAAAACACAUGAG